CAGGAUUUGUGGAUAGAGUUUCUUCUUUGGUGAGUUUUGUUUUCUCUUUAAAUAAUUGAAAUAUUUAUUUCUUUUCAGUCUCUUGGGAUCUACUACAUAGUUUUGAGAAGCUUCUAGUGUUGGCAAAGGUCUCUGCUUUUGCAUCGGAACUAAAGCUUACACACAAGUGCUUUCACUUUUCUGAUUAGAUUUUUUUGGAGUGAAUUUUUAACCUUGGGUUUUACAUACUCGUUGAUCCUCUUCCUCUGUGUCAUGGAGGAGACUUGUGAGACACUCAACAAAAGUGAAGCCUUUGACAUAUCUAGAUAUCAUAACUAUAACCAGCACAGCCCCAUAAUCUCCUCCCCCUGGUUGGAUCUGAGAGUGUUCUACGUCAGGAUAAGUAAUUUCAAGGUGGAAGAUUCAACCCCUGAGGUACUCACCAUCAACCACAUUCCUCUGGAUCCAGACACGCUUCUGGAGAUAAACGGUGUUAGGAUGAGCAUGUACUCAGAAGGGUGUUCUUCACAGCUCAGGAGGGAUCGUGUUGAUAAGAAAUCUGAAGAAGCUACUUAUGUUAGCACAGACAGUAUCAGGUUAAAUGGUAGCGUAAAGUUUGAGGUUUAUGACAAGAAGGAGCUAGUCUUGUCUGGAACUCUUGAGAUGUCUGAUAGAAAUGAGUCGAAGAAGCAGUGGAACAUGACUUGUGAAGCUGAGAUCACUGCAGGGUCUGAUUUCCUAAAGGAGAAGAACAAGACUGGUCAAGAUUUAUUGUCCCCGUUGCCAACUAUUGAGGUCUAUGUCACUGGCUGCUUCUCAGGAACACCCAUCAUCUUAACCAAGACUCUGCAGCUUGGUUUGAGAAAGAAGCAAAGUAGAAGAAUGGCCUUGGAUUCAAUUCCAGAGUAUGAAACUGCAGAAGAGCCUCAGAAAGACACAUCAUCUGAGCUUGAUCUUCAGGCAACAGAGUACGCAAAUUAUAAAGAGGAAUAUGAAGGAGACAUGUACUGGAGAAAUGAGUGCUUAGAUGGAGAGAUGUCAUGGUUCAAUGCAGGUGUAAGGGUUGGUGUUGGGAUUGGACUUGGGGUCUGUGUUGGUCUUGGCAUUGGUGUGGGCCUUCUCGUACGUACUUAUCAAUCAACUACCAGAAACUUCAGAAGGAGGCUUCUGUAGUUUAAAUUAUAUAUAUAUACAUUUGCAAAUUUUUACCUUGAAUUUUUGAAAGAAUCAUUUUUAAUUGUUUGUAUUUUGGGUGUGAUUGUGAAUCAGAGACUUUAGUGUGGGAUUGUUGGUACCUGUGUUGUUGUAAAUAAGUGAUGAAGAGUAAAAGUAACUUUUAUAUUCAGAAGUUGGCUGAUGCGGAUAACUUUUAUA